CCCUUAUUAUAAAUACAUUUCUUUAUCUAUUCCCAAUUUCAUCAUUUUACUAUUUACUUUGCACUAAUUAAAAACACACAAAUUAAUUAAUAAAUUAACAAAAAUGUGUGUAAAGUCCCAUUUUGUCAUACUUGGUGUUACCAUUAUUAUUCUAAUUUGUUCCUUUGUUCCAGUUUGUCUUUCUAGCUACCCCUUCCCGGAACACGAUUUGAAGAAUUACAUUACUAAUUAUUCUACUAAUUACAACAUUAGUGAUGAUGGUAAUGAGCUCAAAGACUCGCAAAAUCUCAUCAACUAUGACAGGCUAAUCCUUGAUCGCCUUAAGCAUUCACAUUCACAUUCACAUUCACAUUCACAUUCACAUUCACACUCACAUUCAUAUUCACAUGGAGGUCGGUCUAGAGCCGUUGCCCCUUCAUCUUCACCUACCAGAAUUAUCAAUGUAGAAAACUUUAUCAAGUCUGGAAGAAGGAGAGAUCAUACCAAGGGUUUUAAGAGAGCUUGGAAGAAGGCAUGUUCUACCAAGGGUGCAAUAUUGUUAGUGCCCAAGAAUAAGAAGUAUAGGCUCAGGCCAAUCAAAUUCUCUGGACCCUGUCACUCUUCCUUCGCAAUUAAGAUCAGAGGAAGAAUUGAGGCGUCUACUAAUAUAGCAGAUUACAGAGAUCGACGAUUAUGGAUAGUAUUUGAGAAUUUAAGCAACUUCAAGGUUCAAGGCAGAGGCACCAUUGAUGGCAGGGGACAUAUAUGGUGGCAGAAUUCUUGUAAGAUCAACCCAACCAAGCCCUGUCAACAUGCGCCAACGGCUGUAACCUUUGUUGGAUGCAAGAACUUGAUAGUGGAUGGAUUAAAGAUAAUCAAUGCACAACAAAUGCAUAUGAUAUUUGAGAAAUGUGAUGCUGUAAGAGCUUCAAAUAUACUCAUUAAAGCACCAGGAAAUAGCCCCAACACUGAUGGAAUUCAUGUUACUGAGACCAAAAACAUUCAAAUUACACGAUCUCGUAUUGGAACAGGUGAUGAUUGUAUAUCAAUAGUAAGUGGAUCAAAGAAUGUUCAAGUAUCAGAUAUAACUUGUGGACCAGGCCAUGGAAUCAGUAUUGGAAGCCUAGGCAAAGGAAAUUCAAAGGCACAAGUUUCUAAUGUGUUGGUAAAUAAGGCAAGACUAUUUGGAACCCUUAAUGGGGUCAGAAUUAAGACUUGGCAGGGAGGGCAAGGAUAUGCAAAGAAUUUUGUGUUUCAAAACAUUGAAAUGCAAAAUGUUAGCAACCCUAUCAUCAUUGACCAGAACUAUUGCGACCAAAAAACGCCUUGUCACGAAAUGAAAUCAGCAGUAUAUAUACACAAUGUGAUGUACAAAAACAUCAAGGGAACAAGUUUUACAGAAUCGGCCAUUAAAAUUAACUGCAGCAAAAGCCAUGAAUGCCGAGGAAUUACGUUGCAGAAUAUAAAUCUGGUUAUUAAAAAUGGAAAGAAGGCAGCUAAGGCUGAAUGUAAAAAUGUUGAAUUAUUUCACAGAGGAAAGGUUUCACCCAAAUGCUCUUAACUAACUUAGAUUUCUUACAAAUUCCAUACGUAAGUACUCCGUAUAGUAUAGUUGUUCUUACUACGUACUUCGUAUUAUAUAUAGAUUUUGUACAUAUCUUUUUAAGAUAUUUGUUCAUAAUUAAUUCAGCAUUAGCCACCUUUUCAUAGUUCCGCUUUUUAGAAUUAGGAAGUAAAAUAAAAUUCAAAGUACCAAAAAAAAUAAUGUACUUGGUACUGAAUUAGCUAUGUAGAAUGUACUGUAUAUCGUCAUUUGCUAGA